CUCGGGUCUUUAUAUGUGCAGGUACGUUUUCCAAGAUUAACUGGCUUUUCCCUCUAAGAAUAUAUUUCUCAUAAUAAUAUUAACAGGCAUUUUACCUGAGGAAGAAGAAGAAGAACUCUUCAACUCCCUUCUUGAUGAAUGCAUUCAUGGUGUUGCAUGGGAGCAAGUCGCUCAGCAUGGCAAAGACUUAUCAAGAGAAAUGUAUUGUGCUUUGAUAUCUCACAAUCCUGGCAAGUACAUGCUAGACAAAGAAUCUCUCGCCAUUCUUAGUAAGAAACUCUUCAAGAAAAGCAAAGGCCAGGAUUGGAGUGAAUCUUGUGAGCUGAUAGACAGUUAUAAAUUUGAUGUGCUAUCUUGCCAAGCUUACAAACUUAUCAAGGCUAGAUACACGGUAUCAAAUGCAGCUUUGUCUGAUUUUCAUAAAAAAUGUGUUUCCAAUGCUACCUCCCAAAAGCUCAUGAACCUCUACGUUUUAGACAUGGAAAAGAAACUGAAAAAGGAGGAUUCCAAAGAACUUAAACAGCAGCCGCCUAGACAAGCCUCAUUUUUACCAUACUAGAUCUCUCACGUUUGUGAAUCAAUUGUCUAAAUAUUUAGAACAGGGGCUCUCAACCUUUUUUGCCCAUGCACUACUACUACUAGAAGAUCUCUGCACCCCCCCUCUUUCCAAAACUCAAAAUAAAUGUAUGCAUUUAUCAAGUUUUAGAUGAUUUUUUAACGUGUUUUAAAAAUUCAUUAACAAGAAGUUUAGAAAAUUUUGUUAAAUACUAAAAGUUGAGCAAAAGCAGAGCAAAGUAUAUUGAUAAACUAAAACUAAAUAUUUAAUAGCUAACUAAAAAGUUGAACGCAUCCUCCUAGAACUAUAAAAUCACCCCGGGGGGGGGGAAAUUCCCUCCUGGUUGAGAGCUCCUAGUUUGGAAUGUAAGAAUUUAAUACAUACAUUGAAAUAAAGAACUACUACUAUAAGUUGCAAGUAGUUCCAGAACUGUAUUUAAUAGCGUAAUAAAUUAAUAAAAUAUGUAAUUAGUUUAUUUAUUAUAAUAUUAAUUAGUUUAUUUAUUAUGUCAGAAAUGUAGUUAUUACGUAUUAUUAUUGCCUUAUAAAUGUGAUUAAAUGCAGUUGGUAAUGUUAUAAAUGUUGUAUUACGUUAUAAAUCUAACUUAUUACGUAUAAAUAUUUUCUGUGUGUUUAUUCUUAAAAUAUCAAACAUUAAUAGUCUAAUCUCAAAAACAUUUAGUUUUAUGCCAGACUUUAUGAAUUAUGUACCGUUUUGUCCCGAAUAUAAGAUGAUCUCAUUUAAAAAGCUUAACUUAAAUUUAGCUUUGAAUUACAUGAUAUCUUCCUUGUUUCUUGAGGGGACCUUAAGACGGUUUCACAUAUUUAAAAGAUCGUAGUUAUAAUUCUUAUAAGUACAUUUUUUCCCCGUAUGAAGGAAAAACAAUAAGAAAUCUCAAGUUGAAUUUUUUUUAAUAGAGUCAAAACACUACCGCAUAUGCCUAAUGCAAACAUGAAAUUGUUUUCAUUGUCUUCUCCAAGGAAAUAGUACAUAGUUAACGAACACGUUUUCUGAAGAAAAUUUAAAAUUUAUUAACAUAAAUUCUGAAGGAAGAAAAUGCAUGGAUAAGUACUAUUCUAACAAAGAGGAAACGAGAACUACAUUUUUAUAUUUUUUAUCACACACUAUCAAUCCACUUCGAUAACGUAAUUCCCUGUUUUGACAUUUUACGUAGAAUAUUACAGAAGAUUUAAUCUUCGCGAUCUUUAUUUUCAUUGUAGCGUCUGGCUUCAUAAUUCUUUCCCUUUACGGAUAAUUCCCAAAUUUCGUCAGACGUAUUUUCAGCUUUUUCUGUGAUGAUUUGAUGGACACCACGCAUGCGCACCUUAGAGGAACGGCGCCUUUCUCUCAUGUGACAGAGAGUCCAGAUUAGAAAACACGAAGAGAAUGUCAGGAUAUACGCUAUACGCCAGCGGAUGUUAUUAUUUUUUAUUAUAUUGCUAUUUAAUAUUAUUUAUUAUUUAUUUUCUUAUUCUGUUAUAUCAUUAUUUGUUUACCAUUUUAUUCAUUAAUUUAAGAUUUGUAUUUAAAUUACCUUCGAUCUUAAUAUUUCCUCCGUGACGUUACUUUCUCAUUUCGUUCUUCCCCUCUUUCUUCUUGUUUCUGUUUUCUCUUUUCGUCUAUGUCUCUACUUUCUCUCUCGCUUUUCUUUCAGUUUAUAUCCAGCACAAUAUAGCUGUAUCAAUGUAUGUAUUAAAAAACAAUUUGCUCAACUUUUAGUAUUUAACAAAAUUGGUACAGAAUGUCUCCAAAACUGAAUAUAUAUCAAGAUUCACAAUUGUAAAACCAGAAUCUUUUUGUAAAAAACCCAUUUGUAAUCCCCCCCCUCUCCUUCCUUUAAUUUCUUUCCCACCUUUUUCUUUCCUCUAUUCUCUCACUUAUUAUUCUUCCUCUCACUGUUUUCUUUCCCUAUUUUUUUCGCAUUAUCGCAAAAUGUAGUGUCCCAAAUGUCUCAAAAACAUAAUGUAUGUACAAACUCAAAAUUGAAUGUAUGUAAAAAUUCAAAAUAUCUCAAAAACUGAAGGUAUGUGAAAAUUCAAAAUUGUCAAAGCAAAAUCUUUUGUAGAAACAUUUGUAAUUCUUGCAAUUUUGUAACAAAAUUCUGUAUAACUUGGAAAUUUCAAUAAGUUAUUUGGUAUAACAUGCUGUUUAUAAAGACACUCGACAUGAUAUGAGUUGUUUUUCAUAAAUAUUAAAAUAAUAUUAAAAGA